GCCUUUAGCCUUUCAUUUUGGCUUCUCCGGUCCAUCCCCUUUAUUUUCUCUCUCUAUUGCUUCAUUAUUCAUCAAUGGCGGCAGUUCUUACAGACCCACCACAACCUCCACCUUCUUCUCAAUCACCUCCCCCUUGUAAACCCGACCCGAAAACCAUCCUCGAAAAAUACCAACAAGGUAAAUUACUCGGUAAAGGGAGCUUCGCUAAAGUUUACCAUGCCCGAUCCAUUUCAACCCAAAAAUCCGUAGCUAUAAAAGUCAUUGAUAAAUCUAAAACUCAUUCUUCUAUGGAACCUAGAAUCAUCGGAGAAGUUGCAGCAAUGCGACGAUUAAACCACCCAAAUAUUCUCAAAAUCCAUGAAGUUUUAGCCACCAAAUCUAAAAUCUACCUUGUUAUGGAACUUGCUAAAGGUGGUGAUCUUUUCGGUAAGCUUUCUCGACGACCCGAUCAUCGUUUUCCUGAACCUAUUGCGAGAAAAUACUUUCAUCAAUUGAUUGCUGCUCUUCAUUAUUGUCAUCAAAACGGCGUCGCACACCGUGAUGUAAAACCCCAGAAUCUUCUUCUUGAUGAAGAAGGAAAUAUCAAACUAUCUGAUUUCGGUCUUUCUGCGGUUGUUGAAAUCGCGAAAGAUCGUCUUAUGCUUCAGACAUCGUGCGGUACACCGGCUUUUGCUGCUCCGGAAAUUGUGGGUAAGACCCGGAACGGGUAUGACGGGUCUAAGGCAGAUGCUUGGUCUUGUGGGGUUAUUUUAUUUGUAAUGUUAACAGGGUAUUUACCAUUUGAUGAUGCUAAUUUGGUGUUGAUGUAUAGGAAGAUGCAUAAGAAAGAGUACCGUUUUCCUUCGUGGGUUUCAAAACCCGCAAGGGGUUUGAUUACUCGGCUUUUGGACCCGAACCCGGUGAGGAGAUUGGGUAUUGAUGAGAUACCAAAUGACUCUUGGUUUAAGAAUCAUGGGUUGGUUUAUCCAAGGAGUGUUAGUUUAGGGGAUAUAGCUUCUUUGGAGGAGAAAAGAUAUGAGAAGAUACUUAUGGUAGAAAGGAGUAAUACAAUGGGAACAUCAAGCUCUUGUAAUGGUGAAAAUGGUGAAAUGAUGAAUGCUUUCGAGUUGAUUUCGAUGUCGAAUGGGUUGAAUUUAUCUGAGUUAUUUGAUGAGGAUUGUUUGGGAUUGAGGAGAAAAGAGAAGAGGUUUACUUCUAGGGAGGCUAAGAAAGUUGUGGUGGAGAAAGUUGGGAAAGUUGGUGAGAUUUUAGGGUAUGAGGUUGAAAAGAGGGAGAAAUGUGGUGGAGGAAGUUGUUGUGUUUGGUUGGGGAAAGAUAGGUUUGUAUUGGCGGUGACGGUUUCCGAGGUGGCGGCCGAGUUGGUGGUGGUGGAGUUGAAGAUGGUGGAUGGUAGUGGUGUUGGAUGGGAUCAAGAACAAGUUUAUUGGGAGCAAUUGAAAGUUGGACUUGGUGAUAUUGUUGUGUCAUGGCACCACUGAAAGUAGCAGAAGGAUGUUUGGCAAAAUAGUUCGUGUACCGGUGUUUUAAAUUAGCUGGUCAAAUUAACAAAUCUAAUCAGUUACCAGUCAUUUGUCAAACAGUCGGGUUAAUUUAUGUAACAAUGGAGUAACAUGAACAAAGGAAAUUUGAUUUGAAAUAUGAUGAUCCAAAACAAGAGAUCUUCCAAUAGAUAUUGAUGGGGAAUGUUGUAUUGUACAUAUAAAAACCCCAAGAAAAGGGACUUAGUAUUGCAAAUUGAAUAGCAUAGCUUAGUUUCUUUUCUGUAAUUUAGAGGAGCUUAAUUAGAUUAUAAUGCAGACAGAUUGUAGAUUUUGUUGAUGUUAAUGUUAGUAAUAUGAAAAAUUUUCAUUUGUCUGUGUUGAAUGAUUUCAGAAUGUAGAGGAAUAGGGGUAGUAAAGGGUCCCAUCUAUGAAUGAUUCAACCAUGUGGUGGUAAUGCUUUCAAGGGCUUGAACAAAAUGAAGCUAACUUGGCCAUGGGCAUUGAGCAUGGUGAUCCUCAAUGUAUAUUUUUCUUCUAUCUCCCUUGUAACAUAUAUUUACUAAAGAAAUUGAUAAUAUUUUAUAAACAUAUGUUUCCUAUUUGUUGACAA